UGACAUGUAAACAACAAAGAGAGAAGCGAGAAUGGCAGUGAAAGGACUGCUGUUUGACUUCGAUAACACUCUUGUACAAACUAAUAAGUCGGACUUGGAGGCGCUAGAGAAGGUGAAGCAAUGGCUAAUGGAGACUCUAUCAGAAGAGCAAGCCUUAGCCGCCACUUCUGAGUUCUCAAGGCUUUUGCAUGAACAUUGGGUAGACCCAGACGGGACGAAAAGUGUACACGAAUGGCGGACUAGUUUAUGGCUAAAAGCCAUCAAUAUUCUUCCAGAAAACAUCACAAACAUAACCGCUGGAGAACUCUACUCUUUCUGGAGAGAAUCCCGGGUAAAAGGACUUGGUAUUCCGACAGGAGUACAGUUCCUUUUGGAGGAUCUUGGACAUCAAUACAAAAUGGCUAUUAUCACAAAUAGCGACCCUGUAAUCCAAAAAGAGAAACUGGAAUUCUGCAAAGUGGAGAAAUAUUUUGAUGCCAUUAUCAUCAGUGGCGAACAACCAGAAGCUAAGCCUUGCGUGUCGAUUUUCCAAACAGCAUGUGAUGCCAUUGGCUUGGCCCCUGAAGACUGUGUUAUGAUUGGGGAUAACUUAGUGGAUGAUAUUCAGGGGGGUCGCGAUGCUGGAGUCAGGGCUACUGUGUGGGUUUGGUUCUCGUGCGCCGAGAGCGGGACUUCUCAAUGGGUCUUUUCCCAUAUGACUGGUUCUCCUGUUGAACCCUGAGCGCGAAAGCGAGGCUUUGAUAGGUUGUAUUCACACGUCUUUUUUGUUAUUGUUGCCGCUUACUUGUGACAUUUCGAGCCAUCAGGAUGCUUCAAGCCUUAUUGUUAAAAGAGCAAAACUAGAAAAAUUUGCAAGACGACUGAAAUGUAAACAAGCUCCAUCUGAAGCCUCGCUAACAUAACAAGCGCAGAUUCCACAGGACUACCACUCGGAUACCACAGGAUUCCCAUCUUCUGGAAAAGGCUCAUUGCACGUGUCGUACGGGAACUUAUCAGCUAAUCACCCAAAGAGAGCACGCAUAGCAAGGUAGCUGUUAGAAUAAAGCAACAAAUUAUUCCCGAUAAUAUUUCACUACAACCCACCGGUAACUUGAAGAGCAGUGACCAGACUUUGCUGAUCGAUUUGUGACAACAAACUCGCUAACCGGAAUAUAGAAAAUACUACAUGGAAAGUGCGCGCGUACGGUUGUUAUUCACGAGUUUUUUUUUUAUACAAAACGAGUGAAUAAAAACUGUACAAAGCACUUUAUUUCGUGCUGUAUUUGGUUUAUUAUAUACAUACUGAUAAAUUUAUAUUAAGCUUAUUACAUAACAUUUUAUUAGACUUGGCUGCAGAGGCUCCGAGGUUUGUGCUGUUCGACGGUUCAUUUGAAGACAGACAGAAACUUACAUUGAAAUGAAUCUGUCUCGCUAAUGUCACGCACGAGACUGUAGCUCAUGUUACACAAGUGGUGCACUUUUUUGAAAUCUCGACAUCAAUGAAAUAGAUAAAUUACUAAAUGGAAAAUGCUUGUACGAUUUUUUAUGCACUCGUUGAUGCGUUUGGAUUGAAGCCAUUCAGGUGCAGUAAAAACAAAUUUAAUUCGUCCAAUCAGAACCGCGGACUUUUCUUCGCGGUGAGCAUCUCUCACUAUGUAUAUAAUAAAUACCUGUACGGACUGAAUAAAAUGUUCUUCUAACAAA